CAGUGUCAAAUGUAGCGUUUCCGCUCUUUUCUACCCAACUCGCGGAGCAAAAUGCAGCAAAAGCGCAGAGAACCCGUGCAGGCCGUGCAAGUCUUCGGACGCAAGAAAACCGCAACUGCCGUUGCUUACUGCAAGCGCGGCAGCGGUCUCCUCAAGGUGAACGGACGUCCCUUGGACCAAAUUGAGCCCAAAGUGCUGCAAUACAAAUUGCAGGAGCCACUUUUGCUGCUCGGCAAGGAGAAAUUCGCCGGUGUUGAUAUCCGUGUGCGCGUCAGCGGUGGCGGUCAUGUUGCCCAGAUCUACGCCAUCCGUCAGGCAAUUUCCAAGGCGCUCGUUGCCUUCUAUCAGAAAUACGUCGAUGAGGCCUCCAAGAAGGAGAUCAAGGACAUUCUGGUCCAAUACGACAGAACCCUGCUCGUUGGCGAUCCACGUCGCUGCGAGCCAAAGAAGUUUGGCGGUCCAGGUGCCCGUGCUCGUUACCAGAAGUCGUACCGUUAAGCUUUCAAAUUGGUUUAGAUAUUUUGUACAACUUGAAAACACGUUUGCGGGUUUAUCUCUCAUUUCAACAGCGAGAGUAAGCAUGUGAAUAAACGGAAAAAUUAACUUUAAA